AUGCCCAGCUGUCUAUCCGCCUGGAUCCACGUGAUCACCUGCGGCCUUGUGCGGGUGGGGUAUGAGGAUGAGGCAGAGGCAGCGGCCCCGCUGCUGGCCAGCCCUAACCCCCGCCGCCACGCAAGGUACGAGCGGUACGUGCGUGACAAGGAGCGGAGGCGUGGUCGGGAGCGCACACUUGACACCCAGCAUGUGCUACCCCACGGCCACCGCGCCCUUGAGCAGGACUACAUUUUAACGGAUGUGCUUGGACAGGGCGCAUUUGGCGUGGUGCGCCUGGCUGUGCACAUGCGCACAGGCUUGAGAUACGCGGUCAAAAGCAUCAGCAAGGCCCAGCUGCGGCGGCGGGUGGAUGUUGAGGACCUCCGAAGGGAAGUGGCCAUCCUCUCCCAGCUGUCGUCACACCCCAACGUGGCGGCUCUGCUGCAGACAUACGAGGAUGGUGCCGCGGUGCACAUUGUGCUGGAGCUGUGCGAGGGCGGGGAGCUGUUUGAGCGCAUCGCAUCCGAGUCGAACCUCACCGAGCGCACAGCUGCCCACUUCUUCCGCAUGGUGCGCGCGUGUGUGUUUGUGUGCAUGGUCGAAGUGGUUCGCCAUGCCCACGCCCUCGGCAUCUGCCACAGAGACAUUAAGCCGGAGAACUUCAUGCUUUCUGACCGCAGCGACAAGGCACGCGUCAAGGCCUGCGACUUUGGCCUGUCUCAGUUCUACCGCCCGGGCCGCAACUUCCACAGCCUGGUGGGCAGCGCAUUCUACGUGGCGCCAGAGGUGUUGCACCGCGAUUAUGGCCCUCCUGCGGAUGUGUGGAGCCUGGGUGUUUGCCUCUACACCCUCCUGUCGGGGCUGCUGCCAUUCUUUGGGGAAACAGAAGAAGAGGUGUUCGACAUGGUGCUGCACGCAGACCUGGACCUGGACACGCCGCCCUGGCCUCAGAUCUCUCGCCACGCCAAGGACCUGGUGCGCCGCAUGCUCCAGCGUGACCCGGCACUGCGGCCAACGCCGGCAGAGGUGCUGCAACACCCCUGGCUGUGUGAGGCGGCGCCUGACCAGCCGCUGCACCAAGUGGUGCGGCGGCUGGCAGCGCUUAAUGCUCGCAACAAGGUUCAUCGGGCGGCUAUGGUUGUGGCAGCCUCCCGGCUGGGGCAAGAAGACAUCCCUGGGUUGCACGCAAUGUUCAGCCACCUGGAUGCUGACAAGUCUGGGCGGCUCACGGCCGAUGAGCUUCAAGUGGCGCUGCAGCGGCAGGGACGAGCGGUCACAGAGGAGGAUGCCCGGCAGAUGAUUGCAGCAGCAGACAUGGACGGCGAUGGCGAGGUGGGGCUGGCUGAGUUUGUGGCUGCGACUCUAGGCAAGUCGGUGACCAGCCGGGAGGACUUUCUGCGGGCGCUCUUCCAGCGGUUUGACUCCAAUCGCGAUGAGGAAAUUUCGGCAGAGGAGAUGAGCUCCACGCUGCAAGGUUUCAACGUGUCUGAAGCAGAUGUGGCGGCGGUGUUGGCGACGCACGACACCAACCACAACGGCCAGCUGGACUGGCAGGAGUUCAAGCACUUCAUGCAGAAUUGCUGCAUUGGCAGCCUGCAGGAGGCGGUGCGGCGGCGGCUGCCCAGCUUUGAGCGCGAAGGGUCGAUGCCUGACAGCUCGGCAGAUGGCUCUGGCCAGCUCCAGUUCUGA